AUGUCGAAAAGUACCGAUAUAUCGAAAAGUACCGAUAUAUCGAAAAGUACCGAUAUGUCGAUAAGUACCGAUAUAUCGAUAAGUACCGAUAUACCGAAAAGUACCGAUAUAUCGAAAAGUACCGAUAUAUCGAUAAGUACCGAUAAAUCGAUAAGUGCCGAUAUAUCGAUAAGUACCGAUAUAUCGAUAAGUACCGAUAUAUCGAUAAGUACCGAUAUAUCGAAAAGUGCCGAUAUAUCGAAAAGUACCGAUAUAUCGAAAAGUACCGAUAUAUCGAAAAGAACCGAUAUAUCGAAAAGUACCGAUAUAUCGAAAAGUACCGAUAUAUCGAAAAAUAUCGAUAAGUACCGAAAAGAUAUCGAUAAGUACCGAAAAGAUAUCGAAAAGUACCGAGAAGAUAUCGAAAAGUACCGAAAAGAUAUCGAAAAGUAUCGAAAAGAUAUCGAAAAGUAUCGAAAAGAUAUCGAAAAGUAUCGAUAUAUAUCGAAAAGUAUCGAUAUAUAUCGAAAAUAUCGAUAUAUCGAUAAGUACCGAAAAGAUAUCGAAAAGUACCGAAAAGAUAUAGAUAAGUAUCGAAAAGAUAUCGAUAAGUAUCGAAAAGAUAUAGAUAAGUACCGGAAAGAUAUCGAAAAGUACCGAAAAGAUAUCGAAAAGUACCGGAAAGAUAUCGAAAAGUACCGAAAAGAUAUCGAAAAGUACCGAAAAGAUAUCGAAAAGUACCGAAAAGAUAUCGAAAAGUACCGAAAAGAUAUCGAAAAGUACCGAAACGAUAUCGAAAAGUACCGAAAAGAUUUCGAAAAGUACCGAAAAGAUUUCGAAAAGUACCGAAAAGAUUUCGAAAAGUAUCGAAAAGAUAUCGAAAAGUAUCGAAAAGGUAUAGAUAAGUAUCGAAAAGAUAUCGAUAAGUAUCGAAAAGAUAUAGAUAAGUAUCGAAAAGAUAUCGAUAAGUAUCGAAAAGAUAUCGAAAAGUAUCGAAAAGAUAUCGAAAAGUAUCUAUAUAUAUCGAAAAGUAUCUAUAUAUAUCGAAAAGUAUCUAUAUAUAUCGAAAAGUAUCUAUAUAUAUCGAAAAGUAUCUAUAUAUAUCGAAAAGUAUCUAUAUAUAAUGAAAAGUAUCGAUAUAUAAUUAAAAUAUCGAUAUAUAAGUACCGAAAAGAUAUCGAAAAGUACCGAAAAGAUAUCGAAAAGUACCGAAAAGAUAUCGAAAAGUACCGAAAAGAUAUCGAAAAGUAUCGAAAAGAUAUCGAAAAAUAUCGAAAAGUACCGAAAAGAUAUCGAAAAGUACCGAAAAGAUAUCGAAAAGUACCGAAAAGAUUUCGAAAAGUACCGAAAAGAUAUCGAAAAGUACCGAAAAGAUAUCGAAAAGUACCGAAAAGAUAUCGAAAAGUACCGAAAAGAUAUCGAAAUGUACCGAAAAGUACCGAAAAGUACCGAAAAGAUAUCGAAAAGUACCGAAAAGAUAUCGAAAAGUACCGAAAAGAUAUCGACAAGUACCGAAAAGAUAUCGACAAGUACCGAAAAGAUAUCGACAAGUACCGAAAAGAUAUCGACAAGUACCGAAAAGAUAUCGACAAGUACCGAAAAGAUAUCAACAAGUACCGAAAAGAUAUCGAAAAGUACCGAAAAGAUAUCGAAAAGUAUCGAAAAGAUAUCGAAAAGUAUCGUAGAGAUAUCGAAAAGUAUCGAAAAGAUAUCGAAAAGUAUCGAUAUAUCGAUAAGUAUCGAUAUAUCGAAAAAUAUCGAAAAGUAUCGAAAAGAUAUCGAAAAGUAUCGAAAAGAUAUCGAAAAGUAUCGAAAAGAUAUCGAAAAGUAUCGAAUGAUAUCGAAAAGUAUCGAUAUAUCGAUAAGUAUCGAUAUAUCGAAAAGUAUCGAUAUGUCGAAAAGUACCGAUAUAUCGAUAAAAAAGAUAUCGAAAAGUACAGAAAAGAUAUCGAAAAGUACAGAAAAGAUAUCGAAAAGUACAGAAAAGAUAUCGAAAAGUACCGAAAAGAUAUCGAAAAGUACCGAAAAGAUAUCGAAAAGUACCGAAAAGAUAUCGAAAAGUACCGAAAAUAUAUCGAAAAGUACCGAAAAGAUAUCGAAAAGUACCGAAAAGAUAUCGACAAGUACCGAAAAGAUAUCGACAAGUACCGAAAAGAUAUCGACAAGUACCGAAAAGAUAUCGAAAAGUACCGAAAAGAUAUCGAAAAGUAUCGUAAAGAUAUCGAAAAGUAUCGAAAAGACAACGAAAAGUAUCGAUAUAUCGAUAAGUAUCGAUAUAUCGAUAAGUAUCGAUAUAUCGAUAAGUAUCCAUAUAUCAAUAAGUAUCCAUAUAUCGAUAUAUCGAUAAGUAUCGAUAUAUCGAUAAUAUCGAUAUAUAAUGAAAAGUAUCGAAAAGAUAUCGAAAAGUAUCGAAAAGAUAUCGAAAAGUAUCGAAAAGAUAUCGAAAAGUAUCGAAAAGAUAUCGAAAAGUAUCGAAAAGAUAUCGAAAAGUAUCGAAAAGAUCGAAGAAAAGAUAUCGAAAAGUAUCGAUAUAUCAAUAAGUAUCGAUAUAUCGAUAAUAUCGAUAUAAUGAAAAGUAUCGAAAAGAUAUCGAAAAGUAUCGAAAAGAUAUCGAAAAGUAUCGAAAAGAUAUCAAAAAGUAUCGAAAAGACAUCGAAAAGUAUCGAAAAGAUAUCGAAAAGUAUCGAAAAGAUAUCGAAAAAUAUCGAAAAGUACCGAAAAGAUAUCCAAAAGUACCGAAAAGAUAUCGAAAAGUACCGAAAAGAUAUCGAAAAGUACCGAAAAGAUAUCGAAAAGUACCGAAAAGAUAUCGAAAAGUAUCGAAAAGAUAUCGAAAAGUAUCGAAAAGAUAUCGAAAAGUAUCGAAAAGAUAUCGAAAAGUAUCUAUAUAUAAUGAAAAAUAUCGAUAAGUAUCGAAAAGAUAUUGAUAAGUAUCGAAAAGAUAUCGAUAAGUAUCGAAAAGAUGUCGAAAAGUAUCGAAAAGAUAUCGAUAAGUAUCGAAAAGAUGUCGAAAAGUAUCGAAAAGACAUCGAAAAGUAUCGAAAAGAUAUCGAAAAGAUAUCGAAAAGUAUCGAAAAGAUAUCGAAAAGUAACGAAAAGAUAUCGAAAAGUAUCUAUAUAUAUCGAAAAGUAUCUAUAUAUAAUGAGAAGUAUCGAUAUAUAAUUAAAAUAUCGAUAUAUAAGUACCGAAAAGAUAUCGAAAAGUACCGAAAAGAUAUCGAAAAGUACCGAAAAGAUAUCGAAAAGUAUCGAAAAGGUAUCGAAAAGUAUCGAAAAGGUAUCGAAAAUACCGAUAAAUCGAUAAGUGCCGAUAUAUCGAUAAGUACCGAUAUAUCGAUAAGUGCCGAUAUAUCGAUAAGUACCGAUAUAUCGAAAAGUGCCGAUAUAUCGAAAAGUACCGAUAUAUCGAAAAGUACCGAUAUAUCGAAAAGAACCGAUAUAUCGAAAAGUACCGAUAUAUCGAAAAAUAUCGAUAAGUACCGAAAAGAUAUCGAUAAGUACCGAAAAGGCAUCGAAAAGUACCGAGAAGAUAUCGAAAAGUACCGAAAAGAUAUCGAAAAGUAUCGAAAAGAUAUCGAAAAGUAUCGAAAAGAUAUCGAAAAGUAUCGAUAUAUAUCGAAAAGUAUCGAUAUAUAUCGAAAAGUAUCUAUAUAUAAGGAAAAGUAUCGAUAUAUAAGGAAAAUAUCGAUAUAUAAUAAAAAGUAUCGAAAAGAUAUCGAAAAGUAUCGAAAAGAUAUCGAAAAGUAUCGAAAAGAUAUCGAAAAGUAUCGAAAAGAUAUCGAAAAGUAUCGAAAAGAUAUCGAAAAGUAUCGAUAUAUCGAUAAGUAUCGAUAUAUCGAAAAGUAUCGAUAUGUCGAAAAAAAAGAUAUCGAAAAGUACAGAAAAGAUAUCGAAAAGUACAGAAAAGAUAUCGAAAAGUACAGAAAAGAUAUCGAAAAGUACCGAAAAGAUAUCGAAAAGUACCGAAAAGAUAUCGAAAAGUACCGAAAAGAUAUCGAAAAGUACCGAAAAGAUAUCGAAAAGUACCGAAAAGAUAACGAAAAGUACCGAAAAGAUUUCGAAAAGUACCGAAAAGAUAUCGAAAAGUACCGAAAAGAUAUCGAAAAGUACCGAAAAUAUAUCGAAAAGUACCGAAAAGAUAUCGAAAAGUACCGAAAAGAUAUCGACAAGUACCGAAAAGAUAUCGACAAGUACCGAAAAGAUAUCGACAAGUACCGAAAAGAUAUCGAAAAGUACCGAAAAGAUAUCGAAAAGUAUCGUAAAGAUAUCGAAAAGUAUCGAAAAGACAACGAAAAGUAUCGAUAUAUCGAUAAGUAUCGAUAUAUCGAUAAGUAUCGAUAUAUCGAUAAGUAUCCAUAUAUCAAUAAGUAUCCAUAUAUCGAUAUAUCGAUAAGUAUCGAUAUAUCGAUAAUAUCGAUAUAUAAUGAAAAGUAUCGAAAAGAUAUCGAAAAGUAUCGAAAAGAUAUCGAAAAGUAUCGAAAAGAUAUCGAAAAGUAUCGAAAAGAUAUCGAAAAGUAUCGAAAAGAUCGAAGAAAAGAUAUCGAAAAGUAUCGAUAUAUCAAUAAGUAUCGAUAUAUCGAUAAUAUCGAUAUAAUGAAAAGUAUCGAAAAGAUAUCGAAAAGUAUCGAAAAGAUAUCGAAAAGUAUCGAAAAGAUAUCAAAAAGUAUCGAAAAGACAUCGAAAAGUAUCGAAAAGAUAUCGAAAAGUAUCGAAAAGAUAUCGAAAAAUAUCGAAAAGUACCGAAAAGAUAUCCAAAAGUACCGAAAAGAUAUCGAAAAGUACCGAAAAUAUAUCGAAAAGUACCGAAAAGAUAUCGAAAAGUACCGAAAAGAUAUCGAAAAGUAUCGAAAAGAUAUCGAAAAGUAUCGAAAAGAUAUCGAAAAGUAUCGAAAAGAUAUCGAAAAGUAUCUAUAUAUAAUGAAAAAUAUCGAUAAGUAUCGAAAAGAUAUUGAUAAGUAUCGAAAAGAUAUCGAUAAGUAUCGAAAAGAUGUCGAAAAGUAUCGAAAAGAUAUCGAUAAGUAUCGAAAAGAUGUCGAAAAGUAUCGAAAAGACAUCGAAAAGUAUCGAAAAGAUAUCGAAAAGAUAUCGAAAAGUAUCGAAAAGAUAUCGAAAAGUAACGAAAAGAUAUCGAAAAGUAUCUAUAUAUAUCGAAAAGUAUCUAUAUAUAAUGAGAAGUAUCGAUAUAUAAUUAAAAGUAUCGAUAUAUAA